AUGGACACUGCAGAGCCAGAGCCAGAACCUCCUUCGGCCUACUUCGCGCCCGAACUUUUUCAGCCAAACGAUGAUGCGCCCCCCCCUCAAGAUGCCAUUCCCUCGAGCGCGCAAAACGAUGACACGACGAUGGAUGAUGUCUCCCUCUUCAAGGAUAGCGACGAUUUGAUCGGUCUCGAUGGAGCAAACGAUGAAGACCACAUCAAGCAGGAGGCGAUGGGCAUGGGCUAUCCUCCUUUGGAUGAAGAGCCAAAUCUUGCGACCGGCUCUUCCAUCAUGGAUAUGGUAGAAGAAGUUCUCUACGGUGAAGAUGCUCCGGCGCAGGCCACGCCAGAGAAGGCUCCGAAACAACGCAAACACCCUGGCAAGUCGCGGAAGCCCGAUCCAGACGCUCCGCCUCGCUCGUCAGUCCACUCGUCCAAGAAUGAAGGCCAGCACACGGACCGCAGGUAUUUGUGUUACUUGUGCAACAAACUGUUUACCCGACGCCGCUCUGUCAGAGAUCAUAUUUCAAAAAUUCACAACACGAAAACCUGGGAACCGGUGCGCAGUUUGGAAAUCAUUGUCGAACCUUUAACGGGAGAGCCUCUGGAACCUCUUGAAGAUAUCAUCGCCAGAGGUCCUCCUCCCCCGCCCCCUAAGCUAAGUAAAGCGGAAAAGGCCCAGAGGGCAGCAAAACGCCAAGAAGAGGAGGAAGCGCAGGACGAGGAGCUGCACUCGGGUGACGUUGGUGAGGAUGAAGAGAAAGAAAAAAACCAUCAAGAUAUUUCGCUCUCUGCGCAGCCUCGUGAUGAUUCAUCGCCACCACCGGUGGUGGUACCUUUGAGGAGGGUGCCAUCUAUCGUAGGGUCAAGGGCAUCAUCUACAGAACCAUUUGCUACUCCAGCACCCAUAGCGGGCAAGAAGCGACCGGCACCUGAUGACUCCACAAAACUUCUCUCAGCGGCUGCCAGGAAGAAAGGCACGGCCAAGGUGAAGAGCAUCUCGAACAAAAAGGCCAGACUGAGCGAGUCCGAACAAAGUCCACCUGCGGCGCGAUCGAAUUUCCGCUCUCCCAGCGCUACUCCGAGCACGAACCAGCUAAAGCUGGGACCCUCGAAACUGAAAACGCAAACUUCGGCUGCUAGUGUACAGUCAUCACCCACACCGGCUUCGUCUCGCGCCGCAUCGCGAGAGAUUGGUUCUCCUUCACCUUCGGAUGCAGAUACGUCAUCGAGCUCCAACGAUGACGGAGAGGUAUUCUGUAUCUGCCGGAAAGGAGAUAAUCAUACAUGGAUGAUCGCUUGUGACGGCGGCUGCGACGAGUGGUUCCAUGGGAAUUGUGUCAACAUUAAGGAACGAGACGGCGAGUUGAUCGAUAAGUACAUUUGUCCAUCUUGUGCGAAGCCUGGCUUGCAGACCACGUGGAAACGAAUGUGCCGGCGAAAAGAUUGCAGGAAACCCGCCCGUGUUACCCAAGUCCCUCCUAGCAAGUACUGCUCCGAUGCGUGUGGCCGAAUGUUUUUUGUGGAACUAGUGCAGAGAGGCGACCCUCUGGCUCAAACUAGUAAGGAUGGUCAGUAUAUUAUUGAGGGACCCAUAUCCAAAAAGCACCGCAAGAAGCAGAAGCGGAAAGAGAAGCCUUCAAAGCAGCUCCUUAACCCUGCCAACGGCGUGGAUCCCGACAGCCGACUCGCCACACCAGCAUACAGCGACGAAGAAAGAACCGAAUAUGAGACCGACAGUAGUCUCGACGACGAAAUGCUUCCCAAUCGAGGCUCCGCAUUGCGAGCUGGCGAAAUCAAAGCCCUGAUCGAGAAAUGCAAAGAUAUCGAGCAGCUAAAGGCACUAGGCAGGAAACCCGACACUCCGCCCCGCGACGUUGAAAUGACCGAUGCAGACUCAAAAACAACAGCACCACCGGAUUUAGAAUAUGAUGACCUGGAAACAACGACAAUGGCCAAUAUCAUAGAGGAGAAGCAACGAUUAAAUGCGAGGUAUGACAUGUUUGUCGCGCGAGAGAAGUUCUCGGAGCUAGUCAAGGCUCGAUCGUCGACUAUAGUUGAGGAAGUCCGCAAGACACAUCCGAAGAUGAAAGAUCUCUGUGGAUUUGACCCCAGGAUGGCGUGGUCGGAUGAUGAAUUUGUGACAUGGUACAAUCACAACGGCGGGCGGGCGAUCGUCGACGCUGGAGCAAAUGCGAGGAUAGGACCACCAGAGGACGGGCCCAAUGAUGAGGGAAACACGAAAAUACCCAACUGCGUCGCUCGGCACUCUCAGAGUCCAGCCGCGGGCGAGGAAGAAGAUGAAAGUGAUAACAUGCCUAAAAAAGGCGGCGUCUGUAUCAAGAAUCGAUGUCCGCGGCAUAGGAACUGGGCUAAGGGCCAGCUUGCGGAGGUGCGGUUUGAACAAGACCUGAUUAGGAGGGCCAUUCAGAGGUUUGAGGCGCAGGAAGGAGAGAUCCGAGGGCGGGCUCUUGUUAGGGCGUGGGAGAAGAGAGGAUGA